AGCCCUGCCCGAACGACGAUAGCUAGAGAGCCGAGACUUGCAUAAUUUUGUAGAGUAACGUCCGAACUAUCUACGCAUGCAAAAAAAUUACUAACAUUGUAUGUUAGUUUUCUGAGAACGGAGCUGGUUUUCCAAAGAUCCUCUGGAAACCCGAUCUCUGGAAUUUUUUCAAAAGUUGCUUCUGCUUGUAGAAAGUUCUGUUCAAGUCUCGGCUAUUGAACAGCGAAAAUCGCAGGUCUCUGUCUCAUUCCUAUCAAAAGUUAUUCAAAAAAUGCCCACCGGCACUGUAUUUUGGGAUGGAUAGUAAUACAGAGACGGACAUGAGUCACUUAUUGAAUCCGAGCCCGAUCCAAUCCAAGAUAAUUUUCAAAUGAUUUUCUCAUUAUCAAUAAAUUGAUUGUCUUUGGAAAAACAAAUUCCUUCCCCAGUCACUCUUCAUUUGAUAAAAUUCAAUUCGAUCUUUUAAUUUAUUUUUCAUCAGAAAAUACACAAACAAACAAGUGUCAAUAUUCAUAUCUUAAACAAUUUUAUUACUACAAUACCAGUAUCAACAUUUUAUAUCAAAAACAAGAAUAAUCGUUAAGAUUUACUUCAAGGAGAAUUUUUAAAGACAUUUUUCUUCUAUAUGCGAAACUGUUGUAUUCUAAAGUAAUUAAACGAUCAAUUGUUUUUGUCUUGCUUUUCAUUUUUAGUUUUCUCAUUCAAUCAACCAAAAUUUUGUCCAACCGCAGCUUGGAAUCCAUUCGGAAUCACUUUUGCUAAUCAAACAACAAUUGGAGACGAACCUGGCCCCAUUUUCAUCAAUACAAACAAUACAAUUUAUAUUCAACAUGUAGGAAAACGCCAACUUUCAGUGUAUCAUGAAGGUCAUAUCAAUCCAACAAAGACCAUUCCUAUCAAUAUUUCGACUGCAGGUUCCAUUUUCGUUACAACUAAUGAUGAUAUUUAUAUUGAUAAUGAUGAAGUUGUUCUUAAAUGCAUAUCAAAUAGAAACACAUUUGACACUGUUAUGAAGGGUAAAUCACGAUGUUCUGGUUUGUUUGUCGAUAUCAACGAUACUCUGUACUGUUCAAUGUUUGAUCUUCAUCAAGUUGUGAAAAGAUGGAUGAAUGAUUCUGCUAUGACACCGACUAUCGUAGCUGGGACAAAUAGAUCAGGAUCUGCUCUGAAUGAGCUCAAUAGUCCUUUUGAAAUCUUUGUUGAUGUGAACUUUGAUUUAUAUGUGGCAGAUUGUCUAAAUAAUCGAGUUCAAUUGUUUCAAUUAGGACAAUCAAUUGGCAUCACAGUAGCUGGAAAUGGAUCACCAAAUCCCACAAUUUCACUUUCAUGUCCAACUGUAAUUGUAUUAGCUGCUCAGAAAUAUUUAUUCAUUGCGGAUGAUGGGAAUCAUCGUAUUGUUGGAUGA